AUGAAGUUCUUUCCUACUAUCAAUGCUGCUGUCGCUACGUGCAUUUUGACUCGUUUCGAUGGUGUUAUGGCUGAAACAUCACAAGAAUCCAACGAACCACAAUGGGCCUACCAUUCUCAUGACAAUCGUAUGAUUAACUGGGACAGGUGGGCUGAAGUAUGGCCAUCAUGCGGUGGUGAUAGACAAUCACCCAUCAACAUCGUUUCACGUGAUGUGAUAGUGGCUGAAUCAAGACUACCACUAGCUUUCAGCGGAAUUUGUCCUGACUUUAAUUUGUCAGCGCCCCACGAGCCGCUUGAGGCUGACGUUCAUGAAGGCAGCUGUGAGGUUUCGGUCAACUCCACCGUUUUCAAGUUGACACAGUUUCAUCUGCACGCUCCAGCGGAGCAUACGAUAGAUGGCGUCCAAAAGAACGGUGAGAUCCACUUUGUACACAGAGCCAAUGAUAGCGAUGCUCUUUUGGUGGUGGGUAUCAUCCUUGAAAUUAGUCCAGUAUCGGACCCGUGGUUGAACCCCUUGCUGGAUGCCCUCGAACAUGUUAAUUCAACAGUUCCGUCAGAAUCUGUCAUUGUGCAACUGAGCUCGUAUGCGAAUCUCAUUAAAACAGCAUUUGAGAUUGGAGGUGCUUACAAUUACCCAGGCAGUCUGACCACUCCUGGAUGUGAGGAAACUGUUGAUUGGUGGGUGAUAAAGUCACCAAUUAUGAUCUCAGUUAUCGACUAUGACCGCCUUCAUACAGAUCUACUCGAGUAUGAGAUCACAAAUAAUGGCAACAAUGCUCGCCCAGUUCAGCCUCUGCAAGGCCGCACCGUUUUGUAUUACACGCCAACCGCCUUUGGAUUAGACAUGUAUCCAACACCGAAACAGAAUAUAGUAUAG